AUGGACGGAGUAUAUUUAGAUGAGAAGGGGGAACUAGCUGCCAACUUGGACAUUGUGAACUGGGUGAAGUUUCCCAAUAAGUCCCUUCUUAGGGUGAAGUUUGGGAGUUUACGCAGACAGGGAUCCCCAGACCUACAGCUCACCAUUGACCAGGAUGCCAUCGUUUGGCCCAAAUGGCUCAACCAGACCCUGCCUUCUUCCAGAUGUGUGGAAAGCUGCCGGCCCGGAUCCUUCAAGGUGGUUCAGGAAGGAAACCCCCUUUGCUGCUAUGACUGCGUUCCCUGUGCGGAAGGGGCCGUCUCCACUCAGGAAGAUGCAGAGGGUUGCAAUAAAUGUCCAGAAGAUCAACAUCCAAACAAGGACCGAGAUGAGUGUAUCCCCAAGAUUAUCUCCUUCCUGGCUUAUCGAGAAUAUCUGGGGAUCCUCCUGGCUUCCUUUGCCCUCCUCUUGUCCUUAAUUACAGGCUUUGUGUUAGGAAUCUUCAGUAAAUAUAAAGAAACUCCCAUAGUCAAAGCCAACAACCGGGACCUCUCCUACAUCCUCCUCAUCUCCCUCCUGCUCUCCUUUUUGUCCUCCUUCCUCUUCAUCGGCAGGUCAGAGAAAACAACCUGCCUUCUCCGACAAACUGCCUUCAGUGUCAUCUUCUCAGUUGCCAUCUCUUCUGUGUUGGCAAAAACCAUCACUGUGGUGCUGGCCUUCCUGGCCACAAAGCCAGGGAAUACAAUGAGGAGAUGGCUGGGGAAGAGUCUGGCCAAUUCCAUUGUCAUUUCCUGUUCCAGUGUCCAAGUUGUCCUCUGCGCUAUCUGGCUGGGGAUCUCUCCACCCUUCCCAGAGUCCGACAUGCAGUCUCAGCCUGGAGAGAUUAUCCUGCAAUGCAAUGAAGGGUCUGUUGCCAUGUUUUAUGGUGCCCUUGGCUACAUGGGCUUCCUGGCUGCCAUCUGCUUCAUGGUGGCUUUCCUAGCCAAGAAGCUGCCUGGGGCCUUCAAUGAAGCCAAGCUGAUCACCUUCAGCAUGCUGGUCUUCUGCAGUGUUUGGGUCUCCUUUGUGCCCACCUACCUGAGCACGAAGGGGAAAUACAUGGUAGCCGUGCAGGUCUUCUCUAUUUUGGCCUCCAGUGCUGGGCUUCUGGGCUGCAUCUUCAUUCCCAAGUGCUACAUUAUUGUACUGAGGCCUGAUCUGAAUACAAAGGCAUAUUUAACAUCAAAAAUAAAAGUAUAA